AGCUGCUCCCGCACCCUCGAGUUUCCAUUCCGUGCGUGGAUCACAUUUUCCUGCGACGCCGACGCCGAUCCCGCUGCUACUUGCACAGCUUGCUUUGAACUGCCCGGUGGCGGUGGCAUUUUCCCUGUUUGACGACAGUAGCUGUAAUAGCCAUCAAAAAGAGCCUUCUUUAAAGGUGAUCCCACAAUAUUGCAUGCCACGGGAUGGAUAUAUAUGACGCGCUACCCCUUCAAGGGAAUGACACUCGGUGCAGUUUAUAUCGGGGCUACCAUAGGCACCGUUUUCUAUGGGAUAACCAUUCUUCAGACCGUCAUCUACUACAAGCAAUAUCCUAAUGAUCCAUGGCUCUUUCGAUAUUCUGUCGGCUUAUUGGGGAUUCUCGAUACGCUUCAUGUUGCAAUAAGCACCCAUGCUUUGUACCAUUAUCUGGUCGAAUUGUUUGGAAACUUUCCUGCUCUCUUCAGGAUCGUUUGGAGCUUUCGGUUGCACCUCAUAGUCAAUACGUUAAUCGUCGUUAGCGUCCAAGCCUUGUAUGCUGUCAGAAUAUGGAAAUUCGGUCGUCACUUCCAUGCGGUACUGCCAUGGUUCAUUUUUCUUCUUGUCGCAGGUUCCAGCGCUGUCGGAAUUUACAUCACUUAUGAUGUGUACACCGUGUCCAGCAUUUUGGAGUUGCCGACCUUUAGCACAACCAUUUAUGCAGUGUUCUCUACAGCGGCAGGAGCAGACUUCGUCAUCGCCGCUUCAAUGUGCUAUUACUUGCACCGAGGCAGAUUAAUGGCUCCCGGCAUCUCCAGUACGAUGAAGAUCAUUGUAGGAUUAAUGCGACUUGUUGUACUGUCUGGUCUGGCGACGAGCGCCUGCUCACUAUUUACUCUCAUCACGUACAUCUUAUGGCCUAAUAGUCUCAUUUUCAUCGCAGUCGAUUUCAUUCUACCGAAGCGUGCUCGACCGGUUUUCUAUUCCUCUCUGAUCAUUCAUCGACAGUCUAUAUAAAUUCGUUGCUCGUGAUGCUCAAUGAACGCAAAGGGCAAAUGAGGGAUGAGAUCAAUGAAAGCUCCGCUGAUGAUAAGACAAUCAGGUUUGCUCAUACCUCCAGUAGCGGGGCCAGUAAUCCGGC